AUGAUCAAGGCCAUUUUCUACAGCAAAUUCGACACACAGGAAGGCCCAAAGGUCGUUCACCAGGUCCCUGAUGGAGCGAUUACUUUCUCCAACACGGCUGCGUCGCAGCCCCCCUUCUUCACCUUCUCCGACAUAUCGUUCUUUGUGAUUCCUCGCCAGGAGCUUUGCGGAAACCUCAUUCAAGUGUGCACGAAUGGAUACCGUAUUCUGGGCUAUCCGAUAUGCAUGAAGUCUCCUCGGUAUGACCGGAAUGAGUUCAUCUUCAACUUUUGCCUUGUACUGGCGGAGGAGGAAGAUUUCAGCAGCUACAAGAGCGUUGUCCAGAAACUGGCGGAUUUGAUGCACGGGUUGGAGGAACAAAGCGGGUUUUUGUCGCGAGAUCAUUCAAAGAGUGGUGAGGGAAAGGUGUACAGCUUGUGUGAGACUUUAAUGGAAGACUUGAACAACUACUGCGAAUGCAUGAUCCCAAUCGAUGAGCUGAAUACACUGAAUAUAAAGCUCUUCCCCGUAUACCCUAAUCCGCCUCCCGUUCGCGCCUGGCAGGUGCCCUUAUUCACUGUCCGCUAUCAAGCCUUCCUCGACGAGAACUGGGAUCUGACCCUGCAACGCAUUGUCCCGCACAUCAACGGAGUAAACAGUAUUCGCAUCAUCUCACUCCUCGCCGACACGGACUUUUCCCUCACCUGCCGCGCAAUCCGGCAUCUCCUUUACUACGGCUGCAUCUUCCUUCUCGACAUCUUUUCCUUUUCGGCUAUCUACGCGCCCACUGCUCUAUUCAGCUCCACAAUUGCCGCAGAUGAAAACAUGCAACGUGAAUGCGCCCGCUACGUCAAUACCCUUUUCGCCUCCCCGAUGACGGCACCCACCACACCAGCGGCCAUCCCCCCCGGGCAUGAUAAAGACGCUGUUUGGCCACCCGUUGGGGAAUCAAUGCCUAGUCGGGGGACUGACAGUAUUGCAACUAGCACAAGCGAAAACAUUAGUCCCACAGCGACCCCCAGUCCAGCGAAUACAAGCGCACUCAUCUCCUCAACCCGAAGCCCCACCGACCCAUUAGCAAUGUCAACUAAUUCCAUUGGCAACCGGGAAGUAGUUGACGGCGUCGGCAUCGUGGAGUUAUACGCUAGCCUGAAACAAGGCCAGAGCGUUAAGCAGUGGUACCUCCAGCACAGCCGCCAACUUGCUCACAUUGAUAUUCGCCGCUUCAUCACCUUCGGUAUUAUCAAAGGCUUCUUGUACCGCGUACAUAAAUACGCUAUAGCAACCGGUAACCCUGCUCCGCAGUUCAAGUCGGGCGCUACAACACCGCGCUCCCACUACCAGCACAGCGGACCAUCUUCGCGCGGUCCUGGGACCGGCGCAAAUAGUCCUUACGCCUCUAGUGCAGGUGAUGAUCCUCCGCCUAUUGCGCAACACCAACAACACCAUCACAAUCAGCACCAUCACCGUAAUCAUAAUUAUCGCAGUGAAGAUGGGAAGGACAAGGACCGUGCCUCAGUGUAUAGCGGGAGUCGCUCCGCACCGCUAUAUGAUGACGACGAUGAUGAGGAUUUCAUCGACAAUAAAGAUCUAGCCAAAUACCUUGAUGGGAUGCACUGUUUUGACCAGAUAUGUACGGAGCUAGAAAUCAGCGAGCGGGAGCUGACGGCACGGUUGAAGCGCUAUCAGGGUGAGGUCCUAAUAGUGCAUCGUUGA